AUUCUGUCACCCUUCCAUUACCAAUAACUCUCUCUCUCUCUCUCUCUCUGUGCAGCAGCCUAACCCACCAUACAAACCAAACAAAUCUUCCAUCAAUCAUAACCUCACAACCCUAUCGUCUUCUGUUUAAUGCUAAUGCCACAUCCACAGCUCAGUAAAACGUUAUAAUGAGAAGAAACAAUGGAGUCAGAUCAGAGACCCCAUCACACCAAAAGCUGCAGCAGCACAGCUAGUACAACCACCAGCGAGUUCUUCGUCUGCUUCACCACAUCCCGCCUCUCUUCCUCCUCCUCCUCCAUGAAGCUCUCCUCCAAGUCCCUCCUUAGCCCCGGCCGCGCCAGAGGCGGAGACCCUAACUCCCAAUUCUCCCUCUCCUCUUCCCUCAGCCGCCGCCUCAAAACCAGCGGUAGCAUCAAGGGUGGCCAAGCCUCUCCGAUGUUCCCGAACGGCGGUAUAAACAAAAAACGCGGGUGUGGUAUCGAAAACCCAGAACCCUCCUCCCCUAAAGUCACGUGUAUCGGACAGGUGAGGGUGAAGACCAAGAAACAGGGCAAGAAAAUGAGGAUAAUUACCAGAUCCAGACGCAGGGGAAGCGAGGCGAGUUUCAGAAGAACAGAGAGCUCCAACAACUUAGCUACUCAAAGUCAAGAUCUUUACAACAACAACUUCCAAGGUUUGCACUUUCCGAAUCACCAGAUAAGUAGUAGUCAUAGUAAAAAUCAGCAGGAAUGCUUGAGGCAGAGGAACCAGAGGUGGGUUCAUCUUCCCCUGACGAUUUGCGAGGCCCUGAGGGCUUUUGGGUCGGAGUUUAACUGCCUGUUUCCGAACCGGUCUUCGUGUUUGGCGAAUGACAAGGAGAAGGAAGAGAGUAGUAGCAGUAAGGAGGUGAGGUCAGAGAGUGGAGGCUCGUCUUCUUGCGGUGCGGUUUUUGCGCGGUGGUUUGUGGCGUUGCAAGACGGGGACGGGAAAGGGAGGGAGAUUGAGCUAGUGGUGGGGGAAGAUCAGGAGAGGACGGAGAAGGAUAGCGAUAGUAGCGGCGGCCGUAGCCAGCGGAGGCAAUUGUUUGAAGGGAUUGAGUUCAAGGAAGAGAGAUUCAAUGAGGGUGGAGUGGAGGAGGAAGGAGGAGGGAGAGUGAGUAUUUGUGCGCCUCCGAAGAAUGCUCUUUUGCUCAUGAGGUGUAGAUCUGAUCCGGUUAAAAUGGCUGCUCUUGCUAAUAGAUUCUGGGAGAUGCCUGCUGCUGCUGAGGAAAAUGAAGAAGAAGAUCAAGAGGGGAACAAUGAGGGUAGUAAUGUAAAAGCAGAGAAAGGUGCUGGAGAAGUGGUUGAGAAAAUGGAAACUGGGUUGGAGGCGGAGGCGGCGGCGGCGGAGCGGGAGGAUGGAGAGUGUGAGGAAUGGGUUACAGAAGGCAAAGAGCAUGGAGAGUUGGAAGAACUAGAAAGUUUGGGUUUCGAAGAAGACGAGGAAUUGAAAGAAGAUUUGGGUGAGAACCAAGAAAAAUGUUUGCAAAUUUUCGAUGAAGUGCGACAGAUCGAAGAGAAAGUCGAAUGCCAAGUGGAAGAAGAGCUUUUCGAACAAGAUGAGGAACAAGAAUCGGAUGCGACAGGACAGCGAGCAGUGUCGGAAUAUUUGUGUUCGACUGAAGUUGUCGUAGAUCCAGAAAAUAUUGAACUUGAAGAACAAGCGCAGCAAGAGCAAGAAGAUGAAGAGAGAGAAGAGGAGGUGAGUGAGGAGAAGAUUCCAGAAUCUUCCAUUGACUCUGUACAGUCGGAAGAACUAGAAGAGAAAACAGAGGCUGAAGUUGCAGAGGAGUCAACGGAAGAAGAAACAGAUAGAGUGAUGGUAGAUAGACCCGAACCCGAACCGAACAUACCGGAGCUCGAUAACCGGAAUACCCAACUGGGUGCAGGGUCCAAGAACGCCGGUCAAAAGUCUGUGUUACCGGACUGCCUGCUGUUAAUGAUGUGCGAGCCGAAGCUGUCGAUGGAGGUGUCGAAGGAGACUUGGGUGUGCAGCACGGACUUCAUCCGGUGCCUGCCGGAGCGACACGUCAAGAAAAUCGACGGACCGGAUAAGGCGAAGAAGCGGGUGAGCAUCGACUCGAAGCCUCCUCUGGCGCCGGUGGUUCAGCAACCGAUAACGAUGCAGCGGCCUAGGUCGUCUUGUUCAUUUCCGGUUCAGUCGAUGGCGACGAUGAUCGGGCAGAAGCUGGUGGGGUCCGCUGCUUAUGAGCCGUUCGUGCUGACGCGAUGCAAGUCCGAGCCACUGAGGUCGGCGCCUAAGCUUGCGGCGGCGCCGGAGACGUGUUUUUGGAAGAAUAGGAAGCUGGAGCCGCACAGGCAGGCUGCGAUGGGAGUCGGCGCGGCUGGGGUAGGGUUUUGAGCCGGAGGUAAUUAAUUUGGAUUGUGAAAAAAAAAGAAAAAAAAAUUGAAAUGUAUGUAGGAAGUUUGCACUCUAUUUUCGUUUGUACAUUUUUAUGUAGUGAUUUUGUAUAAAUUCAUUUUUAUGUUUGCUCUUAUAAAUAUAUUUAUGAUUUAUUUUA